AAAGAAUUGGUGCAGUUGCGUGGUGUUGCCGCUAGGCAGCGUGAGUGAGGCUGAGCUCCUCCAUAUGGAGUCAUUUAGAGCAGAGGAGAGUUUCAAUGCAGCGUGGAGCGAGUGGAGUCUCUCUUUCUCUCUCUCUUUAUUUGUGUCGUGUUUCAGGCCGAAAUCCAGUCGGAAUUUUGCGGAUAAGAUCUAAAACUCCAGCGGUUUUAUUCUGAAACAUCUGCAGCGGCGUCUCUCAACUUCAAAGCAAAGGAAAAAGGAAACAAUGCGACGUUGUAUGCGUUUUAAUACGCAACAAAUUCACUGAAGAAGAGGAGGAGAAGAGAAAAGAGGAGAGGAAGAAAGAAGGGAAUGGUGGAGUUUCUGGAAGUCAGCAUUCCUCUUUCAGGCACGAAGAUCUCGCAGUUUGCUGUAGUGGAGCUGCUGUUCCUCUUUCUGCAGUGACGCUGAAGCCAUGAAGAUCAACCCUAAACAAGCUCCACUAUACGGUGAGUGUGUGUUGACUGUGCAGCUCAGUGAGGAGGAGUGUGUGGAGGAUGAAGAGGAUGUGGAGUUCUACCUGCUGUUCUCAGGCAGCACACAGAGACACCUGACUACCACAUUGAGGCUCGGUCAUGUGACCCUGCAAGCUGUGUGUCCAGCUCACAAUCGGGAUGAGACGGUUCGUGUUACGCUGUGUCAGGCGCGACCCGGUGGUUCCGUCGACUCUGUGGCUGAGGAGCGUUUUCAGUUUGUCCAUGACCUGGCUCUGGACAUGGCUCACUUCCUGCUGAGUGCAGCGACGCACAGGGAUGGCCUGGAGGGGGUGCUGCUGCUCACUGACACACACCUUCCGCUACAAGAAACCAAGAGGCUCGACCAGACGCUAACGCUAGCACUAAAGCAUCUCCGACUACCACCGGGGUGGAGCGUACUGAGCCCUGACAUCAACACACACUCUGGCAUAGAUUUCUGUCCUCAGGAGACGCUGCUGCACUUUGCGGCUCGUCGAGGUCUCCGGAAAGUCGCUCUGUUCCUCCUGCAGCAGCCUGGAGGACGAGACGCUCUGCAACUUGCCAACAAAAAUGGAUACACACCUGCCCGACUGGCACAGAGCAGAGGACACACACAGCUACAACACCUGCUCUCAGAGAUUGAGAAUUCACCGCACCUCGAAACGAAAGCACCCAGGCGGUGUUACCCAGCAGGCCGAGCAUUCCUGCACCACCCGAGGCUCAACACUUUCACGCUGACGGUAGAGAACGAGGCAGACGGAGACGCUUCAGACCUUAAACGAGACGUGGAGGAGCUGCGGCGCUACGCCCGCUCUCACCACCACAGCAAGGCAGGAUCUCCGAAGCAUCUCCAGUCCCUGCCCGUGAUCCUGAGCCGGGAUUUUGUUGCGGUGACUCCCUCUGAAGUCGCCUCCCUCCAGAAAGCGUCGUCGUGCGAACAUCAGGAAGUCAAGACUGAGACAGAAAGCGGCCGGUGUACGAAUGGCAGCACGCGUUCAGAGGAGGAGGAGGUCUCUGUGGAAGCUCAGGCGUCCCACUUUAAUUCUGGGAAUUCUGAGACACGGACUUUGGGAUUAGAGGGUGCGGGAGUGUGUGUAGGCAAGCCGGAGCACCUUGCGUCUGUCAGCGGCGUUUCCUGUACAGAGCAGCAGCAGGAGGAAGUAGAUAGCGAGCCGAGAGAAAUCAGGGAGGCGCCUCGUACGCUGGCCGAUUCCGAGACAAAGGUGCAGGAUAAAGUCAAAUCUGGCAACACGAUGGGUCAGACGCAGGGACUCCUCCCUGAGAAAGAAGAAAAGAACGAGGCGAGAGGGGACUUACCAGAGGAAAGGGAAGGAGAGUGUGACUCCACGAAGGAAACCGGGAAAACGCGUUCCCAAUUUUACUUAGAUUUGGAUGUUAAUGCAUCAGAAAAAGCACCGGAGAUCCAGGUCCAGGAAACAGGAAGCGGCAACGAGGUCACGUUCUCCACAAAACUGGAUCAGGACCUCAGUGGAAUUCAGAUUCUCAAAGACUCGCCAUGGCUCCAGGGCCGGUCCAUGAUGUGCACCUCAAACCGUCUCCGGAUGUCCACCAGCUUCCAGAUAUGA